AUGCGCCAGGCAGCACAGGCCACGCCAGGCCUGCUCCUCCUCCUCUUCCUCUCCGGACCUCACGCUGCCGUCGUCAACCGGGUCACUGGCCCCUCAGAGCGUGAGCUGACCCACCUCUCGCCGGGCGGCGGCGCCUCGCUCUACAUUUCCGGGGCAAACCUGGGCGAUCCAUUCAACCCGCCGACUAUUCUGCUGGGCGUCGGUGGCACCGGCCGGUGCGAGCUCGAGGGCUUCACCUCCAGCAACCGCCGCCUGCACUGCACGUUGCUGCCAGAUGGCCUGCCUGAACCGGACGAGGCUUACGCGCCAGGUCAGAACCUGCACCUCGUGCCGCUAUGGCUGGUAAAGGGCGGCCGCCACGCCGACUGCUGGCACGUUGGUGGCGCCAACCACGGCUGCUUUGUUCAGUUCGACCUAGGAGGCGCGCCGCGGCUUACAGAUAUCUUCACGCCCAGCAUUCUGCCGGGCGGCCUCCUCCGCCUCGGCGGCCGCGGCAUCAACGGCGGCGCGGUGGGACCGCCCGCAUUUCGCGCGAGCUUGACGUCGUCCUCAACACGAGCGGUCGUCGGAUGCGCCUCCCGGCCGGCAGGGUCUGAGGUUGCGCUCGCGUACUCGAGCGAUUCUGCGUUUGGAUGCCGCCUCGAGGCUAGCGAGAAUGUCGCGUCUGGCUUCUUCAACGUGUCGCUGCUCGACACCAGCGAGGCUGGGCGCGGCUGGGCGCUCAGGCACUUCCUCGUCGAUCGCAGCAUCGACAUUGCAGAGAGACGAACCUUCGAUCUCGAGAUUCUCCCAAAAGUCACAAGCGUCUCUCCGCCAUCGGGCUACGUCACGGGCGGCACCGCGCUUACUGUGACCGGAUCCGGGUUUGGCGCCGAGCCCUCGGCGCUGGCGGUCGAUGUCGGUGGCUCCACCUGCCAGGUCACAGAGCUCAAACCUGGGAUCGUCUCGUGCAUCAGCACAGCAGUUUGCGCCGACUGGGACAGCGCCUUUGUGGGCUGCUUUGUGCGCGAGUCCAUUGCGCAGUCCCGCGUGUACGAAUGGACCGGGCAACUCGAACUGGGAAGGUGCGCGCUGGAAUGCGCCGGGUGGCCAGCGAUUGCGGUGUCGCAGCACAGAUGCCGGUGCUUGGAGCGCGUGCCACUGGCCACCGACAAGAGAGAGGACAAGGCAUGCCACGUGCCCUGCUCGGGCGACUCGAGCCAGCUCUGUGGCGGGGAGCAGACCGGCCCGUGGAGGGAGCGCACGCUCUCUGUGUACGCCAACUGGAACGCAUCAGCUCCGUCGCCAUGCUCGUUCGGCUUCAGAACGGACGUCCCUGCGAUCGACUCCCUCUCUGGCGCCGCGCUCGUCGCCGGCGAGAAUCUCGUCCUAUACGGCACCAAUCUCGAUGCGGGCGUCGAGGCGCCAUCUGUUACCGUGUGCGGCGGCAAGUCGUGCCCACUGGUUUCCUCUAGCGCCUCCCAGGUGUCCUGCACGAUGCCAGCAUGCUCCGCCUCGGCCGGCGAGCCUGUACUCCUCCGCAUUCGGCCACAUGGCUACGCGCUGUCUCCUGCAGGGCUGAUAGUCCGGGGAGUGCUGAGCGUCUCCAGCGUGCUGACCACUGCUGGCACCGCCGCCGGAGGCACGCUGCUCACAAUCAUGGGCGCGGGCUUCAGCGACAACCCAGCGCGCAUGUCGGUGUCACUCGUCGCGUCGAGUGUGAGCGUUGCAGGCUGCGAGGUCCUCACCUCCUCGACGGCCUCGGGUCAGCUUGUUUGCACAACGACUGCCGCGCAAGACGCUUCACGCCCAGACGAUGUGCUGGCAGCGGUUGAGGUGUCCAUCCGGGACGAGAGCGAUGAACUUGUCGAGUCGAGCCGAAUCGAGUCGGCGUACACCCUCCUCGGCUCCUCCAGCGCACCUCUGCUGGAAGCACUGGAUGCGGUCUCGGGCUCUGCUGCUGGCGGGCUCCGGCUUUGCAUGAGCGGACAGCGGCUCGCAGAGACAAACGCGGUUAGUAUUGGCGACGCCGCCUGCGCUCUCGAAAGCGUCAACAGUACGCAGGUCUGUUGCAUCACUGGCCCACACCCCGAGGGAAUCGCCAACGUGAGUCUCACCUCGCCCUUGGGCAACACGGUGCCCCUCGCCUUUACGCAUUCGCCGGCACCGAGGGUGACAUCGCUCACGUCGUCUUCCGGAUACGAUGGCAUGACCCUUGGCCUCAUUGGAACGGACUUGGCCGUACCCGCGGAGGUACACAUCGGAACAGUGCCGUGUCCGGUGAUCAAUGCCAGCUCUACCAUGAUCACUUGCACCGUCGGCUCGAUGCCGCUGGGCGAGUUUGGCAUCAGCGCCGUCGUGUCGGGCGUCGGAGCCGCUGAGGUCGCCGACGAUGUCAUCAUUCGGAUCGAACCGGCCAUGCUGACUCUCUCCGCCUCAGCUGGCUCAGUCGGGGGUGGCGCCACGCUCACGGUCACGGGGGCCGGCUUUGACCGAAUGGGCCUAGCGGCUGAGGUCCUGGUGGGCGACUCGCCUUGCGCAAUCCUGUCACUUGCCCCUACCAGCCUCCAGUGCCGCAUCCCUGCCAUCGUCCCGUCCACUGCGCUCCUACCCGAUUGGAUAAACUCAUGCGACGGGCUGUCUUUACGAGCGUGCGAUGGGAACCCAAGCGAAUUUGUCGUCUGGGCUCCGCCCGGUGACGAGAACGUGUACGUUGAGCUCUUCGCCUCCUACUCAUACAGCUACGAGCUGGCCAAGAGCCCCGUGAUCCUCAGUACGUCGCCAAACUCCAGCGCGCCCGGUGACGAGCUGACCGUGGUCGGCUUCGGCUUCUCCCUGAUCCCAGAGGAGAAUGAGGUGCUCGUCGGUGGCGAGCCGUGUGAUGUGAUUUGGGCGGAGGUCGACGAGAACCACAUUCACGAGGCAUGCCCGGUGCGCUCGUCUGCGGGUCGGCUCGCCUAUGGCUUGGCUCCGGCGCUAGCGGGCGCCGAAGUGGCGUAUGCAUCGCUCGUCCACUCCGUCUCCCCCGCUGCUGGCUCUGCACGAGGAGGAACGGCCCUCACGAUAACUGGAAGCGGGUUGAGCGAUCGGCUGGGGGACAUCGCAGUGUCCAUCUCGGGGACGCCGUGUGAGCUUCAGUCUUCAAACGUCUCCCACGCGGUCUGCAUCACGGGCACGCCCGCUGCGUCGAGUAUCACCGAUACUGAGGCGGCUGUCUCGCUCUGGGUUCGCGACGUUCUGGCAGAGUGCUCGCCGAGCGGAAGCUGCUCCUACCGCUACGACUCCUCGCUCACCGCCACGCUCAGUGGUGCCAUUGUAGCGUCAGCGACGCCGUCGACAUGGACCAUCGCGCUGGACGGCGCAGGCUUUAGCGAGCCAGCCGACGCGAAUACGGUCUUUAUUGGACGACAGCCAUGCACCCCGACGGGGGGCAACGCAACGUUGCUGACCUGCACUACCGUGCCUCCACUUGCGGGGUCGCAUGUAAUUCUGCUCGUGACAGAGCACGGCAAGGCGGAGGGCCUGCCUCCUGGCUUCAUGGGGCGUGGCGUGCUCGCAAACAACGUCGUCCACAACUCGGGCUCCGCCUACCUAAUCUCAGGUGGAUCCGUACUCGUCAACAAUCUCGCCCUCGGGUACUCUCAACGGAUGGUAGCGCUCGACUUUUCAGAGGUUUGCUCCGGCGUAUGGGUGUCCGGCAGCGCCCACAUCGUCGGCAACGCCGUGGCCGGCAGUGGUUGCAUUUCGUACGGAUUCCCGGGCUUCAAUCCGUCCGCGUUUUCCAACAACACGGGCCAUUCGAACAGCUUAGGAGUCGCCGUCAAGGGAGGCCUAUCCAAGCCAGUGAGCGACGUCACCCUCUGGCAGAUUUCGCACAUUGGCCUAUGGGGCUUCUCUGGCACAGACGACCCCACGCUCCGCAACAUCCGCAUGGCCGACGUCAAGUUUGGGCUGGUGUGGUUCGGCAUCGGGCCGUCACCCAUUCCUCACACUGUGCGCCUGCAGACGGUGCACGUACAAGACUCCCUCUUUCUCGGCCGGAGCGCGAGCAACCCGUGCAGCGGGGAGCAGGUUGGCAUUCUCCUGCCCGUUUUUGGCAACCAAGGCUCGAUCUCACCGAUUACCUGCGGUCCCCUCGGAGGGCACUGGCUGAUGGGUGGGUACGGCACGAAGCACCCGAUUGGGUCGGACCCGCCGCUGGCUGCGCACGUGCGCGUGUCCGGCGUCACGUUUUAUGGUUUCUCGGGCAGCAGAUCCACUGUGCUGAUGACGCUGCAGCGCGGCGGCAUGGACAGCGCCGACGCGGUGCCGCCAAUGUUCUUCACCAACAUCACGAUUGACGAAGUGAGCCGUGGAAACCUGGCCUACCUCCCGGGCCCGAAGCGCGACUGGAUCCAGCCGUCCAAGUGCGUCGUCCUCGACUGCGACGGCCCCAAGCACGUCAUCCUUCACGACCUCGACGGCUCCCUGACAGGAUCCGGGCCCGACACGUCCUUGCUAGCUCCCGCCGAGUUCAUGAACCUGCUCCGCGCCGAUCCGAGCAAGUUCACUUGGUACAACAUCCCCGCCAAGAUGCUGUACGACCCGGCGCCGUUGAACGACCCCGCCGACCCUGGGCACGACAUGUCGCGAUGGGCAAACUACUCGGGGGGUGGGCAGAGCUACACGUAUCGGAGGGCCCUCGCCGCACGCGAGUUGGCGUCGGCAACCGAGGCCGACUGGAGGCACCGGAUGGUAUUUUAUGAGGGCGAUGAGCGCGCCUUCUACCAGACAUCCGAGAGUCGCGCCUGCGAUCCGACGAGCGCCAUCAUGGACCCAUCUUGCCGCCAAAGCCGGCGGACACACGCCGAGGUCGCCUACAGCGGCUACGGCACGUACCGGCAGGGCUGCAACUUCAUCUCCGCUUGGAACGCGUGGAACUGCACUGCUUCCUCCAUGAUCCCGGCGCGCCUGACUAUCGAGAGCAUGGACAGGGACUCGCUGCAUCGAAGUCUCGUGCCGGUAGGCCUCGCCUCUGGAGGCUUCGUCGACCUCCUCGGCGGCGGCUGGGGCCACGUCGAAACGAAAGUGUGCGGCGGGUACAACUGCCUGAUGCGGCUCAGUACGUACCACACGACCGUCGCAAUCAACCGCAGCUACGACCUCGCGUUCACGGGCACCAACCCGAAAGGUUUGCGGCUGAUGCUCCCGUUUGGCAUCGGCGAUGACACGGACCUGCUCGCUGCGCGCCUCCUCGUGUCCAUCUUCUACUCGAACCCAGAAAAGCUCGAGGUCUACUAUCGCGAACAGCUCGUGCCUCCACUGGAGGAGGGGAAUACUUACAACUUCUCUAUGCGCAAGCCGACGAUAGACGACGGCUGCGGCGCCAACGCGUACGCGGCGUGGGAGUCCAAGAUUUACAUCGUGGUGUGCGGCGGUCUUGACGGCACCGAGAUUCGGACCGUCGACAAG